AUGAGUUCUACAUUAGAGGCUUCAUCAAGUAAAGAGAAAUCAAAUGAAGGAACAUCACAAACAAUUAGACGGUCAAAAAGAUUAGGAGAUGGUAGAAAUUCUUUUAAUGAAUUUGAAGAUCCAAAUUUUGACAGAGUUAGAGAUAGAGAUGGUGAAAAAAUUCAUAUUGGUCCUUUGUUUCAAGCAGACAUACCAGAUAUGUUAAAAGAAGGUGAAGAAGAUAAAAUGUAUGAUAAAUUUAAAAAUAUGGAAGUUUUAUGGGAUCCAAAAAAGCUUCACAUUGAAUCAUUAAGUUCUUUUGAUAAAUUGAAAUUAGAUGGUUUUUUAGUAGCAGCAGAAGCUUCUGGAAUAAAUUAUACUGAUAGUUUGCAAAUAUUAGGACAACAUAAUUAUGAUCCUAUGGAAGCAUGUAGAUAUAUAGAAAGUUUUGAACCCUAUCAUUAUAUAAAACCUUUUACGGAAGAAGAAAUUAUUGCCUAUAAUUCAGCAUUAAAACAUUCAAAAGAGAAAAGGUUUAAAUUUGUUGCAUCAAAAAUUGGAAGACCUUUAAAUGAGGUUGUAGCUUAUCAUUAUUCAAUGAGAAAACGUAGUUGCCAUAUGUGCAUUUUAGAUACAAAAGUUUGCACAUGUUUUACGGUUGAAAAAUAUUAUGGUGAUAAUAUAGUAAAGGAUAGAAAAGAUUGUAUGAAUUGUUAUCAAAAAUUUUAUGCGGAUGAGAAAGCACUUCCACUUAAACCUAAUGAUAUAGGUAUCAUAAAAUUAUGUAAACCAUGUGAGGUAUACAUAAGAUAUACAGGUACUUGGAGGAAACCUGUUCUAGAAUUUAGUCAACCAACUGAAGAUUAUGAUAUGAAAGAAAAAGUUGAAAUUGGGGAGCCAUAUAAUUCUUUAACAACAGUUGAAGAUGAUGAAGAGAAUAUAUGUUUUUAUAAAACAGAAUCUAGUAAUUUUAUCAGUCGUAAUAGACGACCAAUUUUUCCAGAUAGUCAUAUGGUGGCAAUAAUUCAUGAAAUUACCAAUUUUGGUAAUGAUAAAGAUGCAAUUCUUCUUGAAUUAAAAAAAAAGCACAAUAUAACUGAAUAUACAAAAGAUGAUAUUGACUAUUUUAUAACAUUCUAUUCCUUAGAUUAUAACAUUCCAUUCCUCAUUGAGGUUGCCAAUACAAGACGGCAUGUUGCCGCAAAUUCCACAGCAGGACAAAAUAAAUAA